CGUUCGCCACGUAACCAUUAAGCAACUUCUCAAUGCUGCUACUCAACAUUCCGAUUCAGAAUAUCUGAUCGAUGGUCAUAAAAUUGAUAUUGUAUGCAUUAUUGGCACAGUUAGAGAUAUGAAUGUAUCAAGUUCGAAUGUUAUUGAAUAUAAAAUUGACGAUGGUACCGGUUUUAUGGAUGCAAAGAUUUGGUUUGAAUCUGAAGAAAAAAAAGAAAAUUCGGCUGCUUAUAAAAUCCAAAUCGAUUCUUAUGUUUGUACAUAUGGUAAUCUAAAAAAUUUCAAGGGAAAACAUUUUUUAAAUUGCAUACCAUACGGUCUUCGAGUAGUCGAAGAUUACAAUGAAAUUAGCUGUCAUCUAUGCGAAGUAGUUUAUGAACAUCUAUCCUUAAUUCGUUCUGAUAGUGGCGCUGGUUUUCAACAAAGUUCAACAGUCGAUAACAACAACAGUUAUGUCGGUAAUUCUCAUGUUUUAUCAGACCCUUUACAUACAGAGAUACGUGACUUUGUUGUCAAGAACGGUGAUCCACAUAUGGGUCUUCCAAUUGAACGUAUCUGCGGUGCACUUGGUUUUCAAUACGGGUCUGAUAGUAAGAUCAAGUAA